GGAUGGGGGAGAGGUGAGGAGAGGGUGAACGAAACGAGUCUCACAGUAAGAUGGUUGGCUCGAGUGAUGGACUUAUGGCACAAGCUCUUCACAAUUCGCAAGAAAAAUGAGCCAAACCGACCCCACAAAGCGACCACGAGUAGGGGCGAGAGGGUGGCGCAGCAAGAUUCAUCCCCGUUGCUACUUCAGGAGAACGGCAUAAGGGUGCUUCUCUUCAGGGAGUGUAACACGAGGGGACGGAAGCUUCUUUAUGACUCAAAAACCGUGGUGCAGGUGCCUUUAGGGGAUGCCGCCCCCCACGCCUCCUCUGCAGCCCCCAAGGCACUGUUCAAAGGGAGCUGGGGGAGUGUGGGGCCCCCUGCGCAGCUCCCAAGCCAUAAAUGCCCCGUGGGAAGGACAGCGGGGCAGAGAAAUGAUGCGUUUGCUGAAAUCAGUGGCGGGUAUGGCUAUCAGUACCAGCAGAAGGAAGGGGACACUAAGGUAGUCGGGGAGCUGGUGUUUGGUUCCGUGGACUUGGCUUACCGCGGCUCCUGUUCCAAGCUUCACCUUCUGCAGGAACCCUCCCAACGUGUUCUCCUGUCCCGCACCGCCCCUGCUCCCACCUCACACCUGCCCCGCCACCCCGCUGCCAGUGACCCGGGGAUAGAAGACAGCUCGUUCAGCUCAUCAGUUAGCUCGUUAAGUGAUGCUGCAGCUACAUCCGGGUCCCUGGAGGUGCCGUGGGGCGCUGGAGGGGCGCACACACUGGCUAUAAGAGUUCCCCAGUGCCUCGGAUCGUCUCUGAGUGAGGGAGAUUCUGGCUUUGGUGGGCCACCGUCGGCAUAUUCUUCCACGUGUGGCUCGUUCCUGUCACCUGCGUCUGUGCCCAGUACCCCGCAUGGCACUCCCUCCUCCCGGCAAGGGUCAGGAAACAGCCUCAAGAAUUCUGGGAGCCUGAACAGCCUGCAGCGACGAUUUCUGCGCAGCGUCAACACAUCCCUGGAGGCGCUGGGGGUGAUGGAGGAAGGUGGGGGGAGGGGGCGCGUCACCCAGCCACCACAGCCAAAAACGAGCAACUAAGCUUGGGUUGGCUGUGAUUAUGGAUUUGCAAGGCCAGCACCACCAGCAGGAGAGUGUCGAGGACUGGCUGUUCCUGCACCUGGGAGUUAUAGAAGGUGCCAUCAAUAAGCUACAAACAGCCUUGCACUCUGCUUACCUACACAGCCAGACCUUUGUCUCCACCACACACGCUGCUGUCUCCAAACUACAGCAGGAUCUGUUGGACCUGGUGAGUGGGCCCAGAUUGGUACGUCCCGUGUGGCUGGGGCUCCUGGGACAGUCUGCAGUGGCGGCCGAGCGUCAUGCCCUCUGCUGUUCCUUCGUCGACACCCUGGCUAGCGUUCUCACUGCCUUCGACACCAAACAUACCAAUUUCUUUGUAAGUAAAUUGCUGACAGCGGUGUUGACGCAUCACCUUGGUUGGGUGUCCACUGUGGCCCCUAGUGAUCCCCCUCCUCUUGCCAUCACCACCACCAUCACCACCUGUCACCGCCACCACUGCCACCACCACCACCACCACAGCAGGCAGCACCAAUCAGAUUCCUGCGUUGUCUCCUCAGCAUUCGUGGGCUGAACGGCUUAACGAGUCUCAACCCAUACAGUGCGGUGUGGGCCCAGUUAUGUGAGCUGAGGUGGGACAGUGGGCUAUCCUCCCAGGACAGCACGUACUGUUCUCUUGGGCUCCCAAUACUACCUUGCUGCAGCACCUUCUUACUGUUCUGUCUUACGUCAUCAGGUGUUCCCAGGUA